AUGUCUCUACAGUGGACUCGCGCGGGUCCCUUGCGACACCUGCGCCUCGGCACGACCUUCUCUCCCACUCGCGUGAUCGCCGUGCAGAACCAGCUCCGCAGCCUGUCUUUGUCGGCAGAACCUCGAUCAAAGACCCCGCAGACCGGCUCCUUUUCGGCUUUUGUCUCCCAGAGUCGUGCGUUGUCGACUCAAACCGAAACUAAGACCGAAAGCACAAAGCCCAAGCGUGGACGCCCGCUAGGCUCUACGAAGGCAGCUGGCCAGGACAAAACAGCUCCCAAGAAGCCAGCUGUCAAGGCUAAGAAGGCCAAGAAGCCCUUGACUGAUAAGCAAAAGGAGGACAAGGCAAAGAGCGCGCGCUUCGCACAUAUCAAGGAACUCAAGGUCCUUGCACUUAGCCCUCCCGCGAAGCUCACAGCGAGCGCCUGGCCCCUUGGUGUUAAAGAGAUGUACGAUAGCGUCAAGUCGGGAUCUGGCAACAGCCAGGAGAAGCUGACGGAGGCGAUCAAUAAGGUCAAGGCCAUGAGUCCUGAGGAGUACAAGAAACUCGAAGAAAAAGCCGCCCAGAACCGAGCCACUAACGCCGCGAACUAUAUGGCUUGGAUCAAAUCACACCCCCCCAAACAGAUCAAGGAAGCCAACAGCGCCCGUCGGUCCCUGUCUCGCUUGCAAAAGAAGCGCAUUGUCCCCCUCGAGGAUGACCGGCAGGUGAAGCGGCCUCGAAUCGCCUACUUCUUCUUCAUGUUGGAGCGCAUGAGUGACGGUGACCUCAAGGGCAAGGGUGGACCCGACCUCGCCCGUAUCGUGGGUGAGGAGUGGUCGAAGUUGACCGAGUAUGAGAAGCAGGUACACACCACCAUUUCGCUUGAUUUGACGAUCAUUCCAAAGCUUACCAUAUAUAUACAGACUUAUAAGGACAAGCAGGCGGAGGAUCGCGGACGAUUCGAACGGGAGUACCAGGAAGUAUACGGCGAGGCUCCGGGCCCAUCCACUGCCAAGGACAUGGAAUAA